AUUGUUUAGUUGUAAUCAAAUGUGUCUCUUAGACAAGUGGCAACAAAACAUACAUUAAUUUGAUGCUGAAAUGUUGAUGGUUAUGAUCAUGACUCGAAAUAGAUUAGCUACUACACAAGCAGAUCGUGGAAUCUUUUGCUAACUGCUCCUGUCUUAUUGCUGAAUGGCCUCUCCUUUGCACAUUCGUCUACUGUGUCCAAUCGACUCAUACGUGUUCUUUUCUCGGAGGAAAUCAUAGGAAAAGAAAUCUUGAAUCGAGCACCUAAGCAUGUGGAUCGUAUACUGUUUAUUUAGUUGGCACCGAGGAGAGGGGUGACGAAGAUCCGAGUGGCGUUUCUUUCUUGUAUAGAAAGAAAUAUCGUAGAGAAACCUUUUUGGAACAAUCUUGGUAGGAGUUGAACUGCUCUUGAGUCACGAAUCCAACCUAAACCCUUGAAUAUAACGGUAAAAACGGUGGCAGGACUGACCAAAGUCAUAGGUAACUCUGAGCUCUCGUUCGUGACCGAAUGGUGGGUUUUAAGAAGAAGGUCGAGAGAUGAGAGUUGGAGUGGGGUUAGGUAUGAGAGUUGUAAUGUCAAACUCUCUUCUCUUCUUGCAUGUCCCACUCCGGCAUUUUGCUGGCAACUUGUUGAUUCCAAGUCUUUCAACCCUCUCUGCCCCCACGCCAAAUAUAAUACUCUCUCUUCUUCUCUCUCUCUAUUAUCUUUUCCGUUUGCUCUGUCUUUCUUUUGUUCUAUAUAUAGCUCUCAGACGUUUUUCCCUACAACAAGCCUACCAUCUUCCGUUCUCGAGGAUGGAGGAAUCAAUCAACUCAUCCAUGAAUGGCGCUUCCUGUGCCAAGGAUGGCUCAGCUUCUUCCGAAGAGAGUGGCUGGACCAUGUACUUCGAGGAAUUCAUGGCAUCAGAGGAGAGGAAAGCAGCCGGUGGCUUCUCCUCCGGUGUCGUCGGCGGGUUUUCCAUCGUCUCUGAUGCUGCUUCGUGUGUUGCAUUCGACCCCUCGUCACCUGGUCUCGAGGUGUCGGAGGAGAAGUACAGGAAGAUGAGCCUGAAGAAGAAGAAGAAGAAGAAGAAGAAGAAGAAGAGGGGGAAGGGGCUACUGGAUGAUGACUCCUUGGAAGAUACUGCUAGCUCACCCGUCAACAGCCCCAAGGUUACCGAUUUGAGUUACGUGACUCUGAACUCAAGCAAGAAAGAUGUUCGCAGGGACUCACCUCAGGAGGAUGCUGCCGGGUGUCGGAAUGACGCAGAACCGAAGGAAAUUGUAGGUGGAUCGGAUUUUGCCGAGGGGACAAAUGAGUAUACAGAGCUGAAGAAAAGAGGACUUUGUUUAGUUCCUUUCUCCAUGUUAGCAAACUAUCUAGGUUAGACUCUUUAGUUCAAUUGAUAGCACGGAAGAAAAGUCUCCAAAGAAAGAACACUCACUCUUCUCUUUGUUCCUGUAGAUAUUAUGAUACAAGGGUGGCCUUGGGGUUCAUAUAUAAAAUCUUUGUUACGCAGUAAUGUGAUGAUUGAUACUGCUUAGGAAUUACCCUGUACAUGGCGUAAUUUCAUCACCAUGUACUCUUCAUCUUAAUCUAAUCGAAACAUUGUGCUUA